AGUGAGAUGGCGGCGGUGGGGUGACGGGAUGCGAUUUCGAGUGACGUGAUCUGAGACUGCCUAGGGGCAGAGUGCAGAGUGCAGAGUGAGCAAAAGCCGGAAAGAGUGGAGGGUGUGGUGGGUAGUGUCUAUGCACCGCUACGGAGACUUUGCCAGAGCUCUGGCGUUUUCGCUAUCUUCACGGAGACUGUACGAGUCAAGCCGUAAGCAGAACACAUUCGCUGCUCUGCUGGAGCACCACUACGACAGGCAAGAUCGGGCGUUCCUAGUGGUGAACAACGUCGAGGACCGCACCGUCAUCUAUGCCAACGAGGGCUUCAGCAAGAUGACCGGCUUUAGCCGAGCAGAGGUGAUGCAGCAGGGUGGCCUCUGCCUCUUCCUGCACGGACCUAUGACAUCACAGGCGGCGGUGGAACAUAUCCAAGAGGCGUUCAGCACUGGAGAGGAGGCGCAGGUUGAGACGCUGCUCUAUAAAAAGGACGUCGGCAAGGCGCGACAGUCGUUCCGCCAGAGCAUCCGUUCGUUUCGGAAGGGCCGCGGCAGGGCGGUGGGCGUGCUGCGCGGUCGUCAGGGCAGCGCCUCGACCUUGACCCCGACCCCGGAGGCCACUGAGGCCGCGGAGGAGGAAGCCGAGGCUCUCGGGAGAGCCGAGACGUCCGUAGAUGACUCGCCGAACGCUCAGGAGCCGACACAGGCUCCGCAGUCGGAGCCGCCGGAGCCGCCGGAGCCGCCGGAUGGACUGGCCGCCCCGACCUCUGACCUGACCCGACUGAGGCCACUGACCCCUGCCUCGGACAGCGCGCCCGACCUGCGGGCCAAGCUGGACGAGCCGUCAGACGUGUCGACCGCCCGCCUCAGCAGCCAGCGGCUCUCCGAGGCGGGUGUUCCGGGCCAGCCUCUGAACAGCGGCUCUGCAGCGGGCCCCCUGACGCCCCUGCGGCCCGCCUCCUCCCUGGACCCCAUCUCGCUGCGCCGGGUGGGACAGCGCCAGCCGCCGAGCAGAAGUGCCACCAUUGGCACCGUGUACCCUUCUGAGUUAGAGUCCGAGGAGCAGCGGCCUCGCUCGCAUACGGUUGAUAAUUUCUGCCAAGCCACCCGGAACCACGUACAGGGUCAGCACGCGUCUGCGUCGUCCGAGUCGGAUCUCAGUCGCUACCGCACCCUCUUCCAGCACAAGAAGUCGUCUUCUUUCAGCAACAUGACAGAGUCGAAGCUCAAGGACCCAGAAGGCUCCGGCAAGCACAAGUUUGAGCAUCUGAACGCUAAGAACAAGGUGGCCCAGGUCGGCAAGGUGGUUUUAUCGCUGGGAGCGGACGUACUUCCCGAGUACAAGUUGCAGUCGCCGCGCAUUCACAAGUGGACUAUUCUGCACUACUCGCCGUUCAAGGCGGUCUGGGACUGGAUCGUGCUGCUUCUGGUCAUCUACACGGCCAUGUUCACACCGUACGUGGCCGCCUUCAUGCUCAGCGAGCCCAGCCACGCUGAGAAGGUCCAGUACGGCGAUGACCCCAUAGAGAUCCUCGAUCUGAUUGUCGAUAUCAUGUUCAUCAUAGAUAUUCUGAUCAACUUCCGCACGACAUAUGUCAACAAGAAUGACGAAGUGGUGUCGCAUCCGGGCAAAAUUGCCGUGCACUACUUCAAAGGCUGGUUUAUAAUUGACGUGGUGGCGGCAAUUCCGUUCGACAUUCUGCUUCUUGGAACAAAAACCGACGAGACCACCACACUGAUCGGCCUGCUGAAGACGGCCCGACUGCUGCGGCUGGUGCGAGUCGCCAGGAAGAUUGACCGCUACUCCGAGUACGGCGCCGGCUUCCUGCUGCUGCUGAUGGCCACGUUUGCCCUGGUCGCCCACUGGCUCGCUUGUAUCUGGUACGCCAUCGGGUUCGCAGAGAUGUCGAAUCCCACAGGGUGGCUGCACCGGCUGGGUGAGGAGCUGAACGUGCCUUACGAAAACGGCGGCUCGGGGCCCUCCAUCAAGAGUCGGUACGUCACAGCGCUCUACUUUACGUUUACUGCCAUCACGUCUGUGGGGUUUGGCAACGUGGCGCCAAACACAGACGCAGAGAAAAUAUUCACCAUAUGCACAAUGCUAAUUGGCUCGCUAAUGUACGCCAGUAUAUUCGGUAACGUCUCGGCGAUCAUCCAGCGGCUCUACUCGAGUACCACGCGCUACCACACCCAGAUGCUGAGGGUGAAGGAGUUCGUGCGAUUCCAUCAGAUCCCGAAUCCGCUCCGGCAGCGACUCGAGGAGUACUUCCAGCACGCCUGGACGUACACAAACGGUAUCGACAUGAACAGCGUGCUGAAGGGGUUUCCCGAGUGUCUUCAGGCGGACAUCUGUCUGCACCUGAACAGGACGCUUCUGGAGGCGUGCAAGGCGUUCCAGGGAGCCAGUCCCGGCUGUCUCAGGGCGCUGUCGAUGAAGAUGAAGACGACGCACGCGCCACCGGGCGACACGCUGGUUCACCGGGGCGACGUGCUACCGUGUCUGCACUUCGUCUCCCGCGGCUCCAUUGAAAUACUCAAACAUGAUAUUGUGAUGGCCAUACUGGGGAAAGAGGACAUAUUUGGUGAGAACCCUUUGAAGUAUCCUACAGUGGGCAAAAGCUCCUGUAAUGUGCGUGCCUUAACUUACUGUGAUCUGCACAAGAUAUACCGGGAUGAUCUGCUGGAUGUGUUGGAGAUGUACCCCGAGUUCAAGGAGUCCUUCAGCCAAAACCUGGAGAUCACCUUCAACCUCAGAGAUGAGGAGUGUGCCGGCGUGGACCCGGCGGUACUCAGUAGGCGGGGCCUGUACGCCUCUGACUCUGUGAACGACUCGGACGUCAAGAGUCGGGCGUACCAGCGGCCGCGGCGGCGAGGGUUCGGGCCCAGCGCCACCGAGGAGGAGGCCGGCGAGGGCCUGCUGGACGGUGGCGAUGAGAGUGGUACGGGUAUCCUGGAGUUCUCGCCAGACAAGGCUGGUCAGGACGUGACGCCGCUCAACCUCGACUUCAGAGAGCGCGAGCAGAGGGAAAAGGAGAAACAGCACAUGAACUCGAUAGCCGGAGUGUUCUCCAACAUCAAACGGUCGAUCACAGACCUGCGAUUGUUGAGAAGUGAACGGCACGAGCUAGAGCCGCAGCCAGGGUCGCUAGUGCAGCGGCGGCACUCGGAGAUCCCCACUCGCUCGUCGUGGCUGUCUCGGCGCGAGCCGGAGCCGGCAGCGGCGGCGGCAGCGGCGGCAGAGACCGUCAGCAGCGCAGCCGUCAACGCGCGGAUAGACGACCUGAGCAGACAAGUGCAGCGGCUAGACGACCGGCUGCACGAGACGCUGGAGACCAUCGUCGGCCUGCUGCGGGACCGGGACCGGGACCGGGACCGGGACCGGGGGUGUACGGACCGGCUCCAGGUCACCGACGAGAGACGGUCCCCCUUCAGAGUACCUGACUCACUACAAAGGCGCCAGCCGUCUAUCUCGCCGUCGGAUAACGGUGGUGGGGGCGGCGGCGACCCCUGGCAGCCGGCGAUGCCUUCCUCCCUGCCGAGCGAUGCGCCGGCCGGUGGAAGGCCACCGCCGCCACGCAGCCACUCGCAGCCGGUGGAUCUGACCCAGUUCCCCCCUCAGCGGUCCAGCUGGGGUCGGCAGUCGUCCCUGUCGCCGGCAGCCGAGCCGACCGGGUCGACGGGCUCGGCGCACCACCGGACGUCCGCCACCGCACUCCAGGUAGAGGAGGCGUGUGGCGCCGGCGCAGUCGGCCGACCAGGCCGAGAACAGCUCGUGACCGACAGUGGUGACACGCCGCGAUCGUGAAUAACGAGCCGUCCGUCAACCGUGAGUCUCGCUCGUCAGACGUCUAGUGCUCAGCGCGCCUGUCUGGCGGACCCGGCGGCGGCUCGGUGACCUCUGGUGACCUCGAGUGACCUCAGGGGACGGCUGGGGGGCCGAGGUGCGGCCGGGCUCGGUCGCGCGGCGCCCGCAGUCAGCUGGCGCGACCUGUCGGCCUGAGACCGCCUCAUCGGCCAGAACCACCGGCCCGGCGAUCACACGGCCUCGGCGGUUCGGCUGCAUCGGCUCCACUCAUCUCGGCGUCAGCUGGUGGUCGGACGGCUUCGGACAACCCCUGUGCGACGGCCUGCAUGUGGCGCCACCAGGGGGUGUGAGAAGGACGCUGGUGACGCGUUGUAGAUGGCGCUGGCUGCGUUGGAGCGCUCAGAGAGGUAGUGGCCCUGACACCUGGCCACGCGGCCUUCUCGUGUGUGACGGUGAAAGGAGCGGACGUGAAGUGUCAGUGCGUCGUGGCCAGUUCGGCGUGCGAAGACAGAGGAGGUUCGCGUAGCUCGGAGUCGCGUGUCGAGAUCGGGUAGAGCAGGAGAGGAGUACCGUCGGAAAGAGUGAGCGUCCGGCUGCCAGCCGCCGCGGAGCCGUGCCGUGAGGCGGUGUCAUGACUCAGGAAUCUGUCUAUAUCAGGGCGCGCCGCCGGGCCGCCGGGCCGGCCAGCUGACCGGCGAGCGCCGCGCCCGGCCACGUCUCGUAGCCUACAGCAGUGCACAAACACUCCCACCACUUCUAUAUUCCUCUUCUUGUCACUCUUACCUUCUAUAAUAUCGCGGCUUAGAGGGCGAUGCGUCGUAUCGAGUGCACCCUCGACCGACAGCCGUCAAAAGCUGUAGAAACGCUUACUUACUCGUUCACUACGUCCUCGGGACGGGUCGGGACCGCGCCGCCAGUCUCCCUCUAUUUCUCGGCGCGGCAGGCCCGGUCGAGAUGGCUUGGUGAACACCGUCCGUAUUCAAUAUUCAUGCGAUCACCCAUCAUCGGUCCGAGUAGCGAACCGUUCGCCGAUUCCACGAUUGUCACGGUUGCUAGUGGGUUGUAUUUCGCCGGCUUCCGUGCAGGUGCUUGGUCAUCGUUGCCCAUCUCAGUUGUCAUAUAGGUUUGUGUGUUAUCCUUGAAGUGUUCCUUGUGCCUGUUGAUUUGGUUGUUCUCCACCAAUGGAUGCGUGCCUGUUACUCCCAAGUUCUUCCAAAUUCCUUCCUUUACCGCUCUGAUCUAACCAACGCAAGGAUUUAUACCCUGUUGAUUAGUCGUUACCCUUUUGAACCUCUCUCAAACCUUUCGUUAUCAUAGGCUUAAACCACGCUCUGCCCGCCACCAUCCCUUUCCCCUGCCCGACUUUUCCCCUGGCGUUUUCUCUCUCUCCCUCUCAGCCUGUUGUCUGUCCGUCUGGCGGCUGGUGCUGCCCUGGUGGCGCUGUAGCCCCCACCCCUCCGCCCCAGCCCGUCCGGCGGGGUGUAUGUGAUAUGGCGAGGUCCGUAUUCUCAUUCCAGGCGCGACGAGCCAUCGCGCUCCGCGGCUCAGUAGUGUGCAACUAUACACGAUACGCAGGUUUAUAUUAUACGCCAGCGGGCGCGGCGGCUAGUUAAGCGUAGCGCGCCGGGCUGGCCGCGAGGGAUAUCUGCCUUGCUCGGGCCCGCGGACUGGCGGCUGCCCGUCCGCUGCGCCGGAUCGGCAGCACGCCGUAAGAUCUGACUCGGGGUGUGCGGGCCGCCACCGCCGCUCGCGCGCCGUGCAGCCUCACCUCGAGAAUGCCUGCCUUUAGCACGCAAUCAAAAUGCUACCGGCACCGUUCAGCGAUCGACCCCAUUUGGCCCCCGGACGCGCGCGCGAGCCGCUCUGUCCGGGCCCCGCCUGCAGAUCACCCGCUCCGCUCGCUCCGUCUGUUUGAGUCUCCAGAGUCGCGCCCGAACCUCGGACAGGCCAGUCUCGGAUGGGAAAUCAAAACGGGAAACUGCCUUACGCCCAUUUCGUGGCCGGGCAUGCCCCGACCCUCCCGUUUGUUGCUGUUAUGCGUUUCCCUGAAUUUUACGUUUUGUUAUGCUGUUGGUAGUUGUUUCGUGGCUUUCCUCUAUGUGUCUGACCUGGCGCGCAGGAGGGAGGUAUUUUAUACAACCGACGCGUCGUUGCCAGCGCUGGCGGGCCGGUCACGGAACGUCCGGUCCGACAUCGGACCUCGGGUGCCCACCUCAGCCGCCCCACCUGACCGGAGUUCCUGUCGCACGCGCCCGCCACUCACAGCCGGAGCGCCGGCGCGGCGUCCGUUUGGAUAGGUUGCCCGUUUGGUUUGUGGUCGUUGCUCUCUGCCCCUCUCUGUCUCUGUCUCUCUCUUGGCGCGCGGGUGACUCUAGGGCGUCCCGUGGCCGCCGAGUGCGCCGCGGUGUGAGGUGGUGGCCACUGCAGAGAGCGAGCGAGCGAGCCAGCGAGCGCAAGAGAGCGAGAGAGCGAGCGUGUGUGCGCAUUGUGCGGCGAGCGGCGCCGCCUCCGGCACCCGCCGGCACCCAGGGCCGAUUGGCUCACACAAUACGGCGCUAUUUUAAGCGAGAUUACUAAAUGAGACAUCACUGUAAUAAACGUUCAAACUGCAAUAA